UGAAGGGGAAAGACGGCAGCUGCCUGACGGGACGAGCAUUGUGCUGCUGAGCUGCUUCGCUCGCUGCGAUCCUCUCGCCAGACAAUAUUCAUGGUACAGGAAGGCAGACGAUGAGGGCAGGGAUAUCAUGGUCUCUGAUCAGCAGAAUAUCUCUGUAAGCUCCCGUGAACCGGGGGAAUACUACUGCGUCGCUAAGAAUGAGAUGGGUCAAAGAGCCUCGGAUCCACUCCCACUGUUUAACAGCCGAGUUAUGAAGAUUUUGAAGUUUUUCACCACUUUCUGUGUUCUUUUGUUCAUUUUAUCCCUGGUUUUCCUUUUGUACAGACACAGGAAGAACAAAUUGAUUCAACAAAGACCCACCAACACACGGUCCUGCUGCAGUUUUCAGAUGAAGAGCUCCAGGAGCAGGAAUCGAAUGAAUGAAGCUGCUUUGACUGGGCCUUCCAGGAGCAGAGACGACCUCCUUCCACAUCAGUCUCGUCCAGACAGCGUGCCUGCAUCCAACAUCAGCUGUGUUUACUCCAUGGUGAAUCUGCCGGCUCCCUCUGCACAAAGACCCGCGACGCAGUGCGAUGCACAAACAGAGGAAAACGCUCUCAAUUAUGCUUCUUUGCACUUUGAGAAGAAGCACAGGGAGCCAAAAGAAGAUGUUGUGUAUGCUAGAGUGUCCAAACGAAAAGUGGCAGACUAUGAAAAUGCAGCAUUUGCAGACAAGACUUCACAGCCAUCCGACUACGAUACAGACACCAGUGAGGAUGAAGUUCAGGUCACCUACUCUAUGGUGAACUUUAAGCCCAAGGCCCAACAUCAGAGACGAAGAGGAGACUCCAGCUCCUCUGAAGAAAACACCCAAUACUCUGAGCUCAAUCUCUGAAUUCAGAAUUCAUAUCCUCUAAUUAAAUACUGUAUAUUUAGCCUCUGAAACUAUUUUCCUAAGCAUUCUGUUUCAAGCAUCACAAAGACGGAUAAAGAAUGAGAUGUGCUUUUUUCCCAGCUAACUCAUAGGAUUCCAAACAUAAAGCAGGACAGCUUCCACAAUUGGGAAUGCUGCACAAACAAAAUGCACGUUUGUAAUGCUGCAAAGCCGCGUCGCCUCCGCUGAGCUUCCCAGUGUGUGCAUGUUGAAACAAUGUGCUCCUCUGUGUGCGAGGGCCGGUGGAAAAGUUCAGAGACCGUCCCUGUCUUGCACAAAUGGUGCAUGACACUGUCAUGUGUGCAGCAGGAGCGGACAGAAACAUUACGUCACGCACGCAACAAAUGGAGCUGUGUUACGCAACGCUUUCUCAUGCUCCUUAUGCAUGUGCACACUUUUCAAAGCUCUUCCAUUUCACAGCAGCUCUUGUUUGACCAUCGUAUUUGCAAGUGCAUUUGCACUGUUUUUUUUCUAAUAAGCUCAAACUUAUUUAUGUUUUGCAAAAACACAAAGACAGUAAAAAAAAA